AAAUAGGGAUAACACAGCUAGAAAGUGUCUGAGGGCAGAUUUGAACUUCUGAAAAUGAAUCUUUCAGAAGUCAGACUUGAAACUAUACAGGGCAUCACCUAGCUGUCCCCAAAAUACUGCAUAAAUGCAUGCUAUUAUUAGGUAGGUUUUUUCCCCCUUCACAUGUUAAUGUAUAUUGGGGUCUGCGUGCUAUGUGGUCUAUGUGCUACAUAGACAUACAAGCACUGUCUACUGCUUACUGUUUCUAGGGCUUAAAAUUAGUGAUUAAGCAGGUGCAAAUGUUUUAGUCCAUUUCACAAGAGAAAGCUCUUAUGAGCUUUAAAUAGGGGUUCUUAACCAGGUCUUGGUCCAUUGAUAUAUUUCAAGGGGUUCAUAAAUUUAGAAACAUUACAUCUUUAUUUUAAUACAACUUGUAAUCUUGUGUAUUUUAUCUUGUAAAUUUAAAAAUAUCAUUUUGAAAAGGAUUCGAGAGAUUUUCCCAGAUUGUCAAAGGUGUCUGUGAUAUACACAAAAAAGUUUAAGAACUCCUGUUCAAAAAUAUCUUUUGAAAACAAAUCAUUUUUAUUUGGAACUUAAUAAAAAUGGGUUUUUCCAUAUGCAGAGUAAAGAAAAGAUUGCACCCAUAACUAUGACUCUCUCACAUAAUUUGCUUUUCUAAAACAUCUUGUUAUUGGAGACUUGUCAUUUUGGUAGUCUUGACUAUACAAUAUUCAGCAGAUCCAAGUGUAGUGCCUGAGAGCUUGCCUGAACAUAGCCCCAAGACAGUGGCAAAUCAGGCAAAGGGAGAUUUCCAACCUUCUUCAAUUUUCCCCCCAAAACAUUGCUUUGCUUACAUACAGGUAAAUUUUCUUUUUUUUAAAAGGCAGUUUUUAACAUGUGAAGACUGUAGUGUUUAAGAUAAAGGAAUAAAAUAUCUGAAAGGAAAAGGUUAAUUACUUAGUAUUAGUAUUUUGAACCAAGUGAGUUCUAAUGACUUCCCAGUCUACUUUUAAGUCCAAGACAUACUCAACUCAAAUUUAACAUUAAUCAUUAGCAUAUUAUGGGUUAAGUGUUGAGGAAUAAAGAUGGUAACUAGACACUAUCUGGAUGGGAAUGGGGAGAAAGUAGGUGGAGAUAAUUAUGCAAAUAAUUAUAAUACAAAUAAAUUGGAAUAUAAAUUUUAGGAAUCCCGAAUGAGUUGUGUAUUAGAAAUUUGUGGGAGACUUAAGUACAUUUAAGCACAUAAAGCUAAAUGCUUUGAAUGGAGAAUUACAAGAAAACCAAACCAAAAACACUCCUUAAAACAAUAUACUUUCAUACCUGUUCUAACCUAACAGUUUUUAAAGUAACUAUUUCAAUUCAGUCACUAUUGCAUAGUUUCCUUUACGAAGUAACAACAAACCAUCCACUCUUCUACCACCCCUUCUUUUUCCAAACAGCGACUCACAUUUUGGUUCACAGGUUUGACAUUUAAAGAGGGAAAAUUAAAAGGAUUCUCAGGCAUCCCUUUGUAAUAAGUCUUUUAAAAGGCCACCACCAGCCAGCGCCGCUCUAACCUCAUACACAGAAGUUGUACCUAGUUCCUGUCACUUUAAAGCUCCGCUGACGCCACUCGAAUGUAUCCAGAGGGGAAGUCCCUGCUCAGGGAAUCUCCCGCCUGCUGCAGUGCAGAAUCCCAGCGACUCUGGAGAAGCACGUGGAGCAGCAGCAGCAGCCCUAGCAGAGGUAGCACCGCCAGCAGCAGCAGAAGCAGGAGGAUGGAAGAUACCCAGUCAACUGUGGAGCUGAGAAAUUCACAGGAGCAGCCUGUGUUCACAGAAGGCCAGGUGAUUUUGAAUGACUACAAUUCAUCCAAACCUCAGGAGGUAGAAAAUAUGGACAGUGGAGAAGAUAAUAAAGAUCAGGUCCCACCCAAUGAAGAUGAGGAUAUAGGAGAUGAUUCAAUGAAAGUGAAAGAUGAAUACAGUGAAAGGGAUGAAAAUGCUUUAAAGACAGACCCCAUGGAAAAUGCAGAAGAUCCUGAAAUACCUUACAGCUAUCCAAGAGAAUAUAAUGAAUAUGAAAGCAUUAAGUUGGAAAGACACGCUGUCUCUUAUGACAGCAGCAGGCCAACUAGUGGGAAAAUGAACUGUGAUGUGUGUGGAUUAGCCUGCAUUAGCUUCAAUGUAUUGAUGGUUCAUAAGCGAAGCCACACUGGUGAACGCCCAUUCCAGUGUAAUCAGUGUGGGGCAUCUUUUACUCAGAAAGGUAACCUCCUCCGCCACAUUAAACUUCACACAGGGGAAAAACCUUUUAAGUGUCAUCUCUGCAACUACGCAUGCCAGAGAAGAGAUGCUCUCACAGGUCACCUUAGGACACAUUCUGUUGAGAAGCCCUACAAGUGUGAGUUUUGCGGAAGGAGUUACAAGCAGAGAAGCUCCCUUGAGGAGCAUAAGGAACGCUGUCGCACUUUCCUGCAGAACACCGGCAUGAGUGACACUGCCAGCGUGGAGGCGAGACAUCUCAAAGCAGAGAUGGGAACCGAAAGAGCUCUUGUGCUGGACAGAUUAGCAACCAACGUGGCCAAAAGAAAAAGCUCGAUGCCCCAGAAAUUUAUUGGUGAGAAGCAUCAUUGCUUUGAAGUCAAUUAUAAUUCCAGCUAUAUGUAUGAGAAGGAAAGUGAGAUGAUGCAGACUCGGAUGAUGGAUCAGGCCAUUAAUAAUGCCAUCACCUACCUCGGAGCUGAGGCCCUGCGUCCCUUAGUGCAGACCCCUCCUGCCCCAACCUCAGAGAUGGUCCCAGUUAUUAGCAGCAUGUACCCCAUUGCACUUACACGCACAGAGAUGGCUAAUGGUGGCCCACAGGACCUAGAGAAGAAAAACAUUCACCUAUCAGACAAAUGUCUGCCUUCUGAAAGAGGCCUCUCUCCCAACAACAGUGGCCAUGACUCCACAGAUACAGAUAGCAACCAUGAAGAACGCCAGAAUCACGCCUAUCUGCAGAACCACAUGAUUCCUCCCCGAGCCAGGAAUGGGAUGCCACCCCUGAAGGAGCUGUCCCACUCCUAUGAACUUCUCAAACCCCCACCCAUCUGCCCUCGAGAUACCAUCAAAGUGAUUAACAAAGAUGGAGAGGUGAUGGGUGUGUUCAGGUGUGACCACUGCCGAGUCCUCUUCCUGGAUUAUGUGAUGUUCACCAUUCACAUGGGCUGUCAUGGUUUUCGUGACCCUUUUGAGUGUAAUAUGUGUGGGUACCGGAGCCAUGACAGGUAUGAAUUCUCCUCUCACAUUGCUAGAGGAGAACACAGAAUCAUGUUAAAGUAAAUAGCUCAGUUCCCUCUCAGAGAUUUAUAUAUUGAGCAUCACUUUAAAAAAACAACAGCAGCAAACAAUUAGCAUCUUCAUUUUGCCAAAGCUAUACGACCUCAAGUGAUUUUCCAUAUCAGUUAUGAUGUAAAAAGUGUAAUGUCUUCAUUAACCGCCUAAGAGAUCUACUCUUCAGUAAUUUCUCUAGAUCCAUGGUAUUUGUAUUGAGAAAUGGGUUUUUAUAGCAUUUUUUUCCUCAGGGAUUUUAUAUUAUAGGACUGACAAGGGAACCUUUCAUCCUUGUCUUCUACAAUAACACAACUCAACUUUUUGUUCAAAAGUUUGUCAAACAAUCCUCUGGCUGUGCUCUAUGAAAGCUUAGAGGUGGCUUCUAUUCAGUAUCACAAACAGGGAAAAUUGACCUUGACCAGAAAACUGACUCAGAAUUCUGUAUGCACUUAAACCUUGGACUAUAUAGAUUUUCAGCAGGGUGUGAGAGAAGAUAUUACCAAUUACCAUGUAAAGAACAGGGGGAGAAUAGCAAUGUGAUAGUUUAUGUGAUUCAAGGGACCUUAUUCAGCAUUUGAAGACCUCAAACUCAACAUCAAAUCUGCUUUAGACUAGCAGUGCCCUCUAAAACAGUUAUGUAUUCAUCCUGCUUCUCAUUACUAUCUCCCCCAAUUCUCUAAGAACUGUUUUUGGUUAAGCAAAAUACUGUGAAAGGAAUUAUAUAUAAGAAGAGUCAUCUUUUAUAAACAAAGACAUAUGGUCAUUAAAACAUAACAAAUUGUCCAUAAUGGAACUCAGCACCAACUUCCUUUCCCCAGAGAUGAGAAGAGGAGUAUCUUAAGAGGGAAGAGAAAUGGUUCAGCAGUUUAAACAGUAGAAACAACUGCCAACAAGAUCAAUCAGCAAGCAUUCAUUAAGUGCCUACUGUAUGCCAGGUACCAUGUUCUUCUGACUUUUUACAAUUUAUUGUAACAAAGUCAAGGUAGAUCUGCCAACCAACCUGAGCCCAGAGAUUUUUAUAAGAUUAAAAAAAAACUGUUUAGUUGCAUAUUACCUCCCCUACCUCUAAGGAAGGUUAAAUAUUUGCUGGAAAGUCAUAGGGAUAGUGUUUUUCAGGCCAGACAUUGCUCAUCAGAGAACUAACCCUUCUCAUCAUCUCCAGUCAUCCUGCUCUAUAUCUGGCCACUGGACCCAGGAGGAGGUAAAAGUGAAGCUGGUGACUUUGCACAACUCUCCCUCGCUUAAAUCCAAAUCACUUGCAUGUCCUGGCAUCACCUCCCUGAUGUCAUGGUCCUCUUCCAGAAUGAAGGACAAACAACUCUUCUGAUGCUAUGGGAGCCUUAAGUAAGAUGACGGGUUUACAGUUUGAUAGAUUUGAUGCACCAAAUUCAACAAAUAUUAAGCAUCUGCUUUGUGAAAGCACCAGGCAAAGACUUUGGAUAUACAAAAAUAAAAAUGACAGAAUCCUCUCUCCUAAGACACUCAUAUUUAUCUGCUCUCUAUUAAAGGAACUAUAUCAAUCACAAUUCUGGUGGAGAGGGUUGAUAACCCUUAAUAUAAAAGAAAGAUAUGAAACAGAGAAAAGAGUUCUGGACUAAGAAGAUCUUGGAUCUAGUUCCAGCUCUGCCACUCCCUGUAUGACUUUUGGCAAGUCAUUGUAUUUCUCAAGAGCCUUCAUUUCCUCAUCUGCAAAACAGGGUGUUUGACUAGAUAAUCGCUAAAAUUCCUUCUUGCUCUGACAGUCUGAUGUUGGGAUGACUACAGAGCCUUUUGAAGCUUUCUAAUCUAUUAGGACUAAGUGGUAUCAUUAAUGUUUAUGUGUAUGCAUAUGAAUGUUGCACAUUUUUUUGAUAUUGCACAUUGAUUUGAUGUGCAAAUAUAUUUCAGUUUUUCCUUAAACAUCAGGUCCUGAGGGACAUGAAGGGGGACUUAAUGGGAAAAAAUAUCUUGAUUCUCUCCCAAAAUAUACACAAAAAGUAAUACAAUUAGCUUCAAAGAAAUUUUUAUUUCAAAUUCUGCUUGGUGGAAUAAUUCUAUGCUACCCAUUUACAAGUGAGAUUAAGUUUCAUUGAGAAUUUCUACUAAAUCUCAAAUUCCUGGCAGAUUAGAGAUUUAUGUGAUUUCAUUGGUAGAAGGAACUUUUGGUGAGAAAAACUUCUACUGAGACAGAAUUACAGUUGUUCUAAAAUUUAUAGUUUUAGGGAUUUGCCGGGAAUAUUGAAAGUUGUUCAGAAUCCCAAAGGCAGAUGGGUGUCAGAGGCAGUAUUUUAACCUGUAUCUUUCUGAGAACAGGGACAGCUACCUUCCCUCCGCAGUAGCUGUAACUCUAACAGGGUGUGGGCUCAGAAGGGAUAGCUUGUUGCAUUGGAUAACUAUAAUAUUAAAACGUAUCCAAUUUUCAUAUGCCAACUGUUGAAAGACGUUUGAUUUAAGUUUAAACUCAGCUUAGAUACUAUUAAAAAUUAAACAUUCUCCCCUUGAUUGUACAAAUCACAAAUCAUCCUUUGCAACUUUGCCUUUUCUCACUCAUGAGAAGUUACUUGGGAUGUUACAUAGGGGCAAUAGAGAUAGCUUGCUGUAAUAGAAAGAAUUCUGGACUUGGAAGCUGGGAGAUCUGGUUUCUAGUCCUGGACAAGUCUUCAGGCUAAUUUAUCUAUAAAAUAAAGGCUUGGACAAAAUAUUCUCUAAGAUGUCUAGCUACUUCUAUGUCAUUUUCAAUCCCUGUAUGGUAUUUGAUUCUGUACUAAGUGAGAUUCCCCAGUUAAAAAAAUAAACAAAAACUCUUAUCAUUAAGAUUUAACAAAUUUGUUUAAAUAUUUAGGAGGGAAGAGAACGUGUUUGGAGAUAAAUGUUAGGUCAUAGUAACAGAAAAUUAUCACAAGAUUUUGUUCCACCAAAGAUAGGGAUAUUUUAUAACCUUCAUUUAUUCAUUCACUUUGUUCUGAUACCUGAUCAAUUCCCCAAAUGAUGCCCAUUUUACCAGAAAUACAUUUUUCUAGGGAAAGAGGACACAGAGCCUACUUCUUAAUACUAGACUUCCAAGGAUGGGACAAAAUUUAUCCAAUUUAUGUAAUAUUUUGCCUGUGAAAAAUUAUUUAUUUUCAGUUUCAUAGUCUAAUCCUGACAGAGUUAUCUAUUGGAACUCAUAGAACAAACUAUUCUUUCUGAACACACCCUUGUAAGCUUGUUGAGAAGAGUAGAAAGGAUGGUUUGGUUUAGAGGUAUAAUCUAGUAGCUUUCUUGGGACAGGGGAACUUUUGCAAAUAGAUAAUUCUGUUAACAGUUACUUUUUAAUGUCAGGACCUGGAAAGAUGGAAAGCAGACCUUCAGCUCUCAACUUCCAUUUUCCUGUCAAGUCUCCUCUUGCUAGGCAAGAAUUCCACGUCCCACCUAGGAAGCCAUAGUAAGAUAAAUUCUGAAAAAGUCACUUGAAGCUGAUGAGACAAAUGUAGCAUGGGUGUGGGAAGGGAAGAGAAUAACUGUUAUGCAAAGAGCCACUGAAUAUCAAUUGUUUUUUUUAAAUAGAUACAACAUAUUUAGUUUUGAGUAGAACAGUUCUCUUUCCCCUUCCCCAACAUAAAAAGCCCUCCUCACACUCUUAUAGUCACACUCCAAAAAAAAGCAAUAUCUUACCAGUCUCAAUUCUUGCCUGCCUAGCUCCUAACUUUACUGAUACAUUUCCUUGCUAUUCGGUGUAGUAGUAAGGCACUUGCCAUGUUGACUUGAAGAUGACUGCUAAUUGAACUAUUUUUAUAAAAUUUCUAGUUAUAAAAAUUUACUUUCAUUUCUAUCACUACCAAUAAGAAAAAAAAUCUCAUUUUCCCUAGCUUUUCCCCUUGCUUACUGGCUAAAUAAAGGGAUUUAAAUAUUAAAGAAGAAAGUACAUUACUGAAAGAUUCUAGAGCAGCUUGAAAGAAUGGUAUAAAAAUGUAAUGUGACCUCUUGAAGGAGGGGGAUGCCGGGUGAGGAAGUGGGGCCUCCAGGCUAUUCAGAUAGGUGAAAGAAUUUAGACCUUUUGGGAAUUCAAAAGAGUAAAUGAAAAUGGAGUGAAAAUCAGAAUGAUGUGAUUUUUAAGAGGCUAGGGCAAUUCAUCCUAGAGUUAGAGAAGACAGGCUUCUCAGGACAGAGGAAGAGUUGAUGUGAACAGAAAUCAGGUUCAACUCCAAUUCGAAUUUGAUUUUAAUUUAAUUUGAUUUUAAUCUAUUCUCAGCUAUAAAGGAACCCUGCUUUUGUAAGGACCAAAAGAAAUAAAACUGAUAUAGAUAGAUGAAAGGAAAAAAAAACCUGUGGUCCUAACCUAAGGAGGAGAAAGAAGAGUCUUAAUGAACUUGGAGGGGAUGUGAGUAACAAGAUACCUGUCACUUACCUAAGCUGUAUGUAAUUUGGACCGCAAAACUUCCUCACCAUUGGAAAGUUGUUUUCUUUGCACUAGAAAUUGGUUAACUGCCUGUUCCAACCCAUACCAUUACAGUGGGGUGAGGGUAUGUUGCUGAAGAAACCAAAUGGGUCAAGCUAUGAGUCAGUCCCAAAGGCAUCUAUGAGGGAAGAAAAUCUCCCAUUAUUCUCUUAGAUUUCAAUAGUCAGAAAUUAUUCAUUUACAGCAGAAGCAAUGAAGCCAUCUAUUUACUAGUUCCCGUACCUCAGGAGAGAAUCCGAGCUCCAAGUAGAAUACAAUGGAUAACCAAAUUACAUCAUCCAGUAUUCUUACCUAGAAGUCUUAAGCCCCAAGUUCAUCAUCCAACAAAAUGAAAUUAAUUAUAUUUUAAAGGUUUUUUUCCCCUUUUAAAAUAACUUGGUCUUGUGAUAUAUUGGGGCUUUGUGAUUCUUUGUGAGUUGAAAGGAGAAUGCUAAUUGUAGAAAAAUUAGUGAUAGAAGUAUAUGCAUAUGCCUACCUCAGAGGAUAUUAUAUAGAAUUCCAUGUUUAGAAUUAGUUCUGGUUUUGGAUAAAGAUUUACUUGAGAUGAUUGUAUCUUUUAGCGAUUUACUAUACCAGUGUCCCAAAGACUUCAGAGGUUAUAAUUUUGAGCCCAACACAGAGUCCUGAACUUGAACUAAUUAGAGGAGGUAGCUUUUCAAUACUAAAUAUUGACAUUGAUAUUUAUUCCUUGAUUUUAUUUUCUUUAUGUUGUUUUAAGGUAUAUAUGAAGAACAUUUGUCAGAGUUUUGUGCCUUCUUAAGAAGGGAAAUCAUAUGAAUUUAUUAGCAUUAAGUAUUCAGAUUCUUGAUGUAUUCAGGGAAACAAUGUGCAGUUCUUAUAAGCCUAUAGCUGGUAGUCUCCAACAAUUUAUGGUUUUUUCCUCAGUUUGUGCCCUGAUCCUUUUUCCCCUACCAUUCUUACUCUAUGCCUGGAGAGACUCUAACUAAUCCUCUUCACAUCUAGUUCCAUUCUCCUCUAACCCACACCCCUCCUCCCCAUCUGCAGCGGCAGUGAGCAACCAUUUUCUCCGUUUUUCCUAGGUGGGUAACAUAGAGCUUGAGUCUCCCACAAACACAGCAGAAGCCUUUUAGCUAAAUCAGCCAGCCUUGUUCCCAUCUCAUCUCUGUAAGGAUUGUCCUAGGUCUUGAACUUCAUAGGAUAAUAGACAGAGGACAUCCCUCCCCCACUUUUUUUUUUUGGAAGACCUAUCCUUGCCCUGGCUACGUGUAUGGAAACUAAAUCAUCGUGGGUUAUAAGUGGUUAGUGGGUCAUUUAAAGAGCAGACACCCCUUCAGCUAGACAAGUGGCUUUGAAUGUUUUAAGUUCUCAGGCUCUGAGCGGGUGUGAGGGAUCAUUUUAGCAACUGGAAAAACCAAGGCUUUAUUUUUAACUUUUGGUUUCCAAAGCCACAGGUGUGGUCUGUGGAUGGCCUUGAUCGCCUGAGUGACUAGGGUAACACUGAGAAAGAAACUGAGGUCUCAGACUCAGGUUGCCUUCCCACACAUCACUGAGUUAAUGGCCUCUAAGCAGGAGCAAAGUUGAGGUAGAGAACUAUAUCUCACUAGGUUGUUUUUUGCACUUUUGUGACUUAGAGACCCUUGUUAAUCAUUUCUCUUAUUGAUACCAUGGACAAUCUUCUUCAUGUGUGGCUACCCAAAAUAACCCCGUUGCCAAGCAAGCAUUAGUAUCAUGCUUACCCCAUUUUCAGUGAUCCUGUGCAUUGUGUGAUGCUGAUAGCCUGGCAAUUUGAAAUAUUCAUUUGCCACAAGAUGGCCAGAUUCUCUAAAGACCAAAGCUUCUGUAAUGUAGCAAUGCCUAACCAUUGUUCAUAUUUCAAUAUGUCCUUGUGUUAAAAAAACAAGGUUGUUUAAGUGUUUAAAGUUUCUAUAUGAUUUUUUUAAACAGGGAAAAAAUAAAAAAUGGUGUGUUUGAAACUAGA